AAGUGUCUUUUAUACGAGGGAGAAAGAAAGAAUGGGGAAGCGAUCAGGCUAUGGCGCGCACUCCACCGCUGAGGAAGUGGCGCAGGGGAUUGACGCCAAGAAUCUCACGGCAAUCGUCACGGGAGGGGCGAGUGGCAUUGGCGCGGAAGUGGUGCGCAUUCUUGCGAAGCAGGGAGCCAGGGUUGUGAUCGCGGCCAGGAACAAGGAAGCCGCGGAGAGAGCCCGCGCGGCGAUGGAGAAGGAGCUGCCGGGGGCGUCGGUGCAGUGUAUGGAGCUGGAUUUGGCGUCGCUGGCCAGCGUCCGGGGCUUCGUCGAGGAUUUCAAGAAAUCCGGCCUGCCGCUCAAUCUCCUCAUCAACAACGCGGGUUUGAUGUUCUGCCCCUUCAGCCUCACGGCCGACGGCGUGGAAUCGCAGUUCGCGACGAAUCACCUGGGCCAUUUCUUGCUCACGAAUCUCCUGCUCGACACGAUGAAGGAGACGGCGGCGAAAUCCGGGAUCCAGGGCCGGAUCGUCAAUCUCUCGUCGGUGGCGCACGCGACGGUGGGCUACAAGGAAGGGAUCCGCGAUCUCGACGCUAUCAACGAUCGCGGGAGCUACGAUUCCAAGAAGGCGUAUGGGCAAUCGAAGCUGGCCAACAUCCUCCACGCGAACUCCCUGACAGCGAUGUUCCAGCGGGAGAAGAUCAACAUCACGGCCAACGCGGUCCACCCGGGGCUGAUCGGGACGCCGCUGUGGCGCCACUCGGCGGCGAUGAAGCUCUUCGUCAAGAUCAUAUACGCGGGCAAAUGGAAGAGCGUGGAGCAGGGCGCGGCGACGACGAUCUACGCGGCCAUCCACCCCGACAUGGCGGAUGUGAGCGGCCGCUACCUCGCGGAUUGCCAGGAGGCGAAGCCGUCCAAGAAGGCGCUGGAUCCACAGCUCGGGAAGAAGCUCUGGGACAUCAGCGAGCUCCUCGUCUCCCGGGCCAGCGCGUGAUCGAUCGAUUUCUCUUGGGUUUCUCUUUCUUUUCACAGCGAGCGAUCAUCGAUCCACCCCCAUCGAUCCAAGCUCUGUUCUGUUCUAUCCUUUUUCCUUUCUUUGUAGCUACAUUUCGUGAUCGUCCUAUAGAUGAGAGAAGCUAAAGUUGUUUUGGUUUGUAAUCGACAACAGUGAUAACGCUAUGAUCGAAGAAAAGGAAAAAAAGUUUGAGAACAUUCAGUUC